AAUCCAACCAAUAAACCCUCUUGAAAACAACAGAACGGGUGUGUAGCAGCAGUCAGAAAUUAAAUGUCAACAAUCAAUCACCAACUGACCGUUUCAAAACCCAACAACUUCUUUGAUUACUCCCUCUUUCUUGAAUGAUCUUCCAAAGAUAGGUUCAAAGAAUAUUUUCUUCUUCAUCGCCUGCCCUCCGUCUCCUCAGUUCCCUCAUGCUCUCUGUCCUCCUUCGAUCCUCAGCUACCAUCUCCGCCGCGCCAGAAUGUACCUGAUUCGCCAGAUAAGUUGAUUCCCUUCUUUUUAUUCCUUCCGAUGCAACGAUGUGCGCAACCUCAUUAGCUUCUCUGUUUGUAAAAAGAAAAAUACAAGUCUGAAAAUCAAGAAAUAAAUUUUUUGAGUCAUGAAUAAACACAGCAAUAUCAGAUCUAUCCUCUUUCUCUUCUAGCUUGCGAAUCACCGACCGAGAAUCACCCUCAAUCUCCAUCUCCCUCAAGCCAAGAUUUAAAGAACUUUUUAUCUUCUUUUGAAAAAAAACAUAUUGAGGGAAUAAGGUAUUAAUAAAUUGUUGAUUUUUAGAGGCCAACGGCCCAACAGAACUUUUCUCAGCCCAGUUAAAAAGGGCCAUAUAUUUGUUUUGGAAUUAGGGAGGGUUCAAUUGUUGGGGUAUCCAGAAAUUAGAAAUGUCAAUACUUUGGGAAAAAAGCGAGACAUGGCGGUGGCUAGUGAGGAGGACAAGGGAUUCGAAGCCGUUCUUCUUGGCCUUUGCCACCCUCUGCGGCGUUGUUCCGGGUGUCAUUGGCUACGGCGUCAUGCAACUUACCAACUCCCGCAACCCUCAGUUGGAGGCUCGGCUGCGCGAAAACGCCCGCCCCGAAUCCCUCAUGAUGGGGAAAGUGAACCAAGAGCGAUUAGCGGAAUACCUUGGGGAGCUCCAGCGGAAAGAGGAUACAAAUGAUCGGUAUGUUGCUGCUUUGAGGGGAGAGACAUUGACUAGGACUCCUUAUCAGAGAAUUCAGCCUGUUCCAAAGCAAAACGCUGAGAAGAAGAGCAACAGCAACGAGAAGGCUUAGCCAUGUAGUUUGGUUGCUGAAAGUCUUAUCUUAUACAUUGUUUUCUCCUAUGCUUGCUUUCUUACUUUAAUUUGCAUUGGUUAAAGUGGGUACCUCAUACCUCAAACAAAUCUGGGUUAAUGUUUUUGAAAUACUUUAAGGGUUAUUUGAGUACACUGAUUUAUGUUUAUGUUUAUGUUCGCAUCUUCGUAAUAAGGUUAUUUGAAUUUGGUUUUCAA